AUGCAUUUCCAAAUUCAAGCACUCAUCUUCGCCACGCUUCUCCUCAUCCCAACAGAGCAGAGUGUUCCAGAAGGUGUUUCAGACGAUAAGGAGAUUGCAGAACCUUCAUGGAAGAAUAUGGAUGACGGCGACGAGGCAAUGUACUAUGUCUCGCCAUCUCUUGAGGACCGCCACAGCCUUUAUCGUGAUCUUCGAUCAAUCCGCGGAAGAUACUACAAAUCAUCAUUCCCAUACUACAAGGGACUCGGAAGAAAGUGAAAAUAAUCAUAAAUGUUUUGUUGAAUAAUGUAUUUAUAAAGGUUUUUGUCGUGAAA